AUGGAUAGUCUUCGUUUGCGUGGUAUUAUAGUGAAACUGCAAGAUCGUCUUAGUAAUGAUGAUCGAAAACGUUUACAUUUCUAUCUUGGCAAUGAUGUACCACGACGAAUUCGAGAUGAUGCAUCACUUUCUGGAACUCUUAGUCUUAUGGAUUCUCUUUUCGAUCAAGAUAAAAUUAAUGAAAAAGAUUUUACUUUUUUAAUAAAUGCAUUUAAUGAAAUUCAAUGUAUUGAUGCGGUGAAAUUAUUGAGAGAACAUUUAAGACAAAUUCAAUCUAAUGGACUAAAUUAA